GUCUUUCCGGGCUAUCGGUCCCUUGAGACUUUCGAGUCUGUUCAGGCUGCCGUGUCUCUUUGGACUGCUCGGUCUUUCCAGACUACUGAGUCUCUCUGGACUGCAGAGCCUUUUCAGAAUGCCGAGUCUCUCCAGAUUACUGAGUCUUUCCGUCUACCGAGUCUGUUCAGACUACUGAGUCUUUCCAGUCUACCGAGCCUGUUCAGACUACUGAGUCUUUCCAGACUAUGGUCUCUUCAGACUGAGUCCCGGACUAUCUUUCUUUCUAAAUAG